CACUUCACUCUCCUUCUACUUGGGAACUUGGUGAACCUCCAGCACCAAGCCAUGUCCUGCUGCAAGCCCUGCGAGCCCUGCUGCCAGCCCUGUGGCCCAACCCCGCUGGCCAACAGCUGCAACGAGCCCUGCUGCAGACAGUGCCAGAGCUCCACUGUUGUCAUUGAGCCCUCCCCUGUGGUGGUGACCCUGCCCGGACCCAUCCUCAGCUCCUUCCCACAGAACACCGUUGUGGGCUCCUCCACCUCUGCUGCUGUUGGCAGCAUCCUCAGCUGUAACGGAGUCCCCAUCAACUCUGGGGGCUUUGACCUCUCCUGCAUUACCAACCGCUACUGCUGCAGGCCCUGCUAA